AUGGCAAAUCUUCCUAACGAACUUAUUAUAGAUGUUCUUCGAGAGGUCUUACACGAAUCUGGAUUUCAAGCACUUUAUAAAAUUCGAGCAACUUGUCAGCAAUGGAAACGAUUAGUCCCUAUUAUUAUAAUCGAUGAAUUUUUGAAAAAUAAAUCAUAUCAACAAAUGUUUAAUGUCGAAGUCCGCGGAUGGAAUCGUUCAUUAUUACCUAUCACUAUGAACCAACAGCUCGAAAACUUUUUUGGUCGUUUUUAUCCAUCACACUUAUAUUAUGAUGAUAAUACAAAAAUGAUUUAUUUUCUAAACGAGAAAAUUCCUUCAUUUCAAGUUAUCAAUGAUAUUCUGGAAUGUUUUAUUUUCCCGUUCGUUAUUAAUAUAAUGAAAGAUGAAUUGAAUGGAAUGGAAGGAGAAAAAGAAUUUAAGAGAAAUGAUCGU